AUGGCCGGCGGCGAGGGGGCCGCGGCGGUGAUGUGCACGCCGGCGUUCGUGGGGCGGGUGCUGCGCAGCCGGUGGUACGUGGUGUUCGCGUCCAUGGUGGUGAUGGCGGCGUCGGGGUCCACCUACAUCUUCGCGCUCUACUCCAAGGAGCUGCGGUCUGUGCUGGGGUACAACCAGCAGACGCUCAACACGCUCGGCUUCUUCAAGGACCUCGGCACCAACGUCGGCGUCGUCUCCGGCCUGGUGCAGCAGGUGGCGCCCACGUGGGCCGUGCUCCUCAUCGGCGCCGGCAUGAAUCUGGCGGGCUACCUCAUGGUCUACCUCGCGCUCACGGAGCGUACGGCGGCGCCGCCCGUGUGGCUCGCCGCCUACGCCGUCGGCGCCACCGUGCUCCUCCUCAUCCUCUUCCUCCCCCUCGGCGUCGUCAUCAAGGAGGAGUACGCCGCCGUCUCCCAGCUCGAGGAGUCCCUCCAGCACCCGCCGGCGAUCGCCGUCGAGGAACCAGCUGCAGCAAGCACGAAGAAAGAGGACGACGAGCCGUCGUGUGGUAUGAAGGGCUGCCUCACCAACAUGUUCAAGCCGCCGGCGCUGGGGGAGGACUACACCAUCAUGCAGGCGCUGGUGAGCGUGGAGAUGCUGGUGCUCUUCGUCGUCUCCGUGUUCGGCAUCGGCGGCACGCUCACGGCCAUCGACAACAUGGCGCAGAUCGGCCAGUCGCUGGGCUACCCGCACAAGAGCGUCAACACCUUCGUCUCCCUCAUCAGCAUCUGGAACUACGCCGGCCGCGUCGGCGCCGGCUACAUGUCCGAGUUCUUCGUCGCCCGCUACAGGUUCCCGCGCCCGCUCGCCCUCACCGCCGUGCUCCUCUUCUCCUGCGUCGGCCACCUCCUCAUCGCCUUCGGCGUGCCGCAGUCCCUCUACGCCGCCUCCGUCAUCCUCGGUUUCUGCUUCGGCGCCCAGUGGCCGCUCCUCUUCUCCAUCAUCUCCGAGGUCUUCGGCCUCAAGUACUACUCCACGCUCUUCAACUUCGGCUCCGCAGCCAGCCCCAUCGGCGCCUACGUGCUCAACGUGCGCAUCGCCGGACGCAUGUACGACGCCGAGGCCGCCAGGCAGCACGGUGGACACGCCGCCGCCGCUGUCGGCGACAAGAUCUGCAAGGGGGUGCUGUGCUUCAAGCACGCCUUCCUCAUCAUCACCGGGGUCACGCUCGCCGGCGCGCUCGUCUCGCUCGUGCUCGUUUGGAGGACCAGAAACUUCUACAAGGGUGACAUCUACGCCAAGUUCAAGGUGGCGCCCGUCGUCGCAACCGCCGAUGCCGAUGGGAGCGACCAAGCUGCUGGGGAAAUGGCGCCUGUCGUUACGGAGGAGCAGGCCCACAAUGGAAAGAACAAGAAACUGCAGCAGGUCAACGAUGACGAGUUCAAGUGA